UAAUGCCCUCGUUUAUUGCUCCUGUCUUUCAGUGUUUGUCGUUUUAUAAUGUUACUGUAUAGUACCCUGUCUCCUCCCCUUUGUUAAUAUUUGCUUUGGGAGCUUUACUAGUGAUGACGCACAACUAACCUUUAUUUUUUGUGGAAUUGGAAUGCGCAGUGGUGUGCCACGCCACCUAGCUGCAUGGUUGAGAAGUGGUGGUUGGGGAGGAGGAGCAGCUGAAGAAAGUGUGUCUCCGUAUUUGUCAGAGGCUGAGUCGGCGAAGACUAAGUAGGUCCGCCAUUUUCGAGAGUUGUUCUAGUAGCGAAAGAAAAAAAAUCCAAAUAAGGGGGCGAAUUAAGAGAAGGACCAGGCUGGAGGUGUUUCUUUGCUUUUACUGAGCAUUUUGUUGGACUGAAUAACCGCGGUGGUGGAGACCUUCGUGCCACCUCGUGCGUGGGUAUAUGUACGAGAACAAGAGGAUUGUUUCUGCAUCCAUUUCGCUGUGCCUUUCUUCGGAACUCUGUUUUCCCCGAACGUUGGAACGAGAGGGGGGUGGCGGGGCCGGUACCGGGCUGUGGCUGGUACCCGGGGACUACCGUCUUCUCUCAGUGCGUGGCCGUGGCGGCGGCUCCUUUUGUUCGAGUUUGCCCUAUUGCCUGGGUUUCCUCCGUCUCCUCCAUUGUUGUUUGCAAACUGCGCCCAUUUUGUUCCGAAAUCCGCCCGGACUCGGCGCUCGCUCCAUCACGUGGCUUUUUGCUGCCAAAGUGAGAAGAGAGACUGGAGCUGGCCUCAGCACUGGGAGAGGCUGGAGUGCCCAUCUAUUUGUGCUGCAUGGCUGCAAUGGCGCCCGCUCUCACUGAUGCAACAGCUGAAACUCACCACAUUCGAUUCAAACUGGCUCCUGCAUCUUCUACCCUUUCACCAGGCAGUGCCGAGAACAACGGCAACGCCAACAAUAUUCUCAUUACUGCUAGUGGUACCAAAAAGAAAAUUAUUGGCACAGAAGAUAGCUUAAAUUUAUGCAGUAACACCACAAAGGAGGAUCGGGGAAAACUGCAGCCACUGGUGGCAUCAUACCUUUGUUCUGAUGUAACAUCUGUUUCUUCAAAAGAAUCUUUGAAGCGAUCUGGUGUUUUCAGCAAGCAUACAGUUCUUAAGCCACAUACUAUCUUGUCGCAGUCUUUGUAUAAUAGUGAGUUGCUUGGUAAGCAGCCACAGGUGUUGGAGAUCUCACUUGAGAGUUUAAAAAACAUGAAUAACGGAGGACCACCUCUUCCUUCACAGGCACCUGUAAAUGGCUUGGCUAAGAAACUUUCUAAAAGUGCAAGUUCUGAAUCUGAGAAUUACAGCUCAUUUAAUGGUGGGAAACUUGUGCCGUCAAUGUUGCUUGGCAGUAGCUUUGAGCAGUCUGAGGAGUCUGAUAUAAAGGAUUUGAAGUUUGCUCCUACAAAUUGCACUCUUGGAAGCAGACGAAGUGAAGCUGGACAGGCUGUUUUCAGUAAUGUCAACACUUCUAGUAAACCACUUGAGCAUUCAGAAGAUCGGGGACUUCCAAAGAGUGAGGGAAGAUGUUCAUCUGUGUCAGAACCUGACUCUGAUCUCAAGAGUAGAGCUAGUGUUUCUUUUGCUAUGCCUUCUGGCAGUUUAGAUUUAGAUAUACGGCAGAGAACUUUGCUCCUGCGACGAAGGCAGAGUGAAAUUGAAAAUCGUGCGUGUAGACUCCGAAAGCGCUUGCAGGUUGUUCAGGCAAAGCAGGUGGAACGUCACAUUCAUCAACAGUUGGGUGGUAUUGCAGAGAAAAGUUUAGGCAAGCUGCCUAAUUUGGACUCCCAGAGGCAUCGCAGUCCUGUCCACACCCGUAAAGUAGAGGCUGCUCUCAGGAGAGUGUCCAAUGAAACUAGCACUUCUGAAGGACUUGGUAGUAUUCUGAAACUUGACUCCAUAUCAGCUGAAUUGGAGAGGUUUGCUUUAAGUGCCACAACCAAUCUGCAUUCUGUUGAAAGGACUUUUGAUUCGGACGUUACAGAAAGUAGUUCUGGUGGCGAGUCGGACAUAGAGGAGGAGGAACUUACCAAAGCUGAUGGAGAUCUCCACCAUAUACCCUUGCAGAGGAGAGCAGAAUGGAGGUGGGCAGAAGAGAGAGCUGCUAUUGUAUGCCGCUGGAACUGGCUACAAGCUCAUGUGUCUGACUUAGAGUAUCGAAUACGUCAGCAAACUGAUUACUAUAAGCAGAUACGAGCUAGCAAGGGUGCGGUAAUACUUGGCGACCCACCGCCUUCUGACCAAGCAGUAGAUCAUGGACCAGAUUCUGUUUGUGUGGAGAGUAAAACAGAUAGCUCCGUUUGUAUCUUUGCUCAACAGAGUGGAGCAGACAGAAGCAUUGAGAGAAGUGAAGCUGUUGAACAGAAAGAAACAUUGAGUACUGACAGCAAGGUGCCAUCCCAAAUGCCUAUUCCCAAUGGACAGGAGGAACCUGGUAUGCGGAGUCAAGGAACAUCUAAUAUAUUACUUAAUACCAGCAAUGAAAAGGAUAAUGCCACUGUGACUUCAGAGCAUGAGUUUACCUUUGAUUUUUCUUUGUUUCAUCAUGAGGAUGACAGUGAGCGGACUGGUGCUCUCCCUAAAAGACAGUUACCUGUAAAAACAUGCAGCGACGACCAAAUUGAAUAUUUUUACAUCAAAAGUCUACAGCCUGGCAUGACUGAUCACAGUUCCCCUGACAACUCUGAUGCUGAAGAAUUGUUAAGUAAAAAACAGAGGCUAAAUCUGGUGCCUCUGCUACCAGAUGGUACAUGUGUUUCUGCUCGAACUCGUCCAAUAGUAAGCUGUAAGAAGCGAAGAUUAGUUCGACCUAACCAUGUUGCACAGCUCUCUAGAAGGGUCCAGCGCUGCAGUGGAGUCCGAGCUAACUGUGACGUUAAUCCUGCUUGUUGUUUGUGUGGUUCCCGAACAUCUGUGUUACCGGAGAUAGUACAUGAAGCUGCUUUAUUAGAACGUUUGUCUCAGCUUGAUUCUUGCAUUCAUCCAGUUUUGUCAUUCCCUGAUGAUGUUCCAGUAAGUUUGCACUUUCAAACGCUGAUGAAGUCUCUCUGUCAAAACAAACAGCUGGACAGGAUCAGACUUCCCAAAAAAUUUACACUUAAGCACAAAGUACCUUCUUCAAGUAGUCUGAUGGAUCCAUCUCGGAAAGACAAACAUAAGCUGACCAACUCAUUCCUUGCUGCAGCCAAACUGUCUCACCAUAAAAAUCGCUCAGAAAGAAUUCCAAGGCAGCACUUAGAUGAUUUAUUCUCUGUGUCCAAAUUAGAAAGAACGGCAGUAUCUAAAUCUGAAAGGCCACUUAUCACAUCACUUGGACAGGAUAAACAUUACCGAAAACGAUUGCUGGAGAACCCUACUGAAAGAACAGAGGUGUCAAGGAGUCAAGUCGACACUAGUAACUCUGGCUUCUCCGUAACCAGCACGCACAUCCCUAUUCACAAUGCCCUGGUACGGCAGCUGUCAGCAUCUUCUGAGAAUUCCACACCUAGUUGUACUAAUGCAAUGGGCAUCUUCACAGCAGCGGUAAGGCGACGGAGGGGAGAAAGUUCCUUCGACAUUAACAACAUUGUUAUACCAAUGUCUGUUGCUGCUACAACACGUGUGGAAAAGCUCCAGUACAAAGAGAUUCUUACUCCAGCCUGGAAAGUGGAUGCCCUUUCAUUCAAAGGGUCCCCGAAGUCGUCCUCUGAUGCUAUUGAAGACCUAUCUGAUGCAGCAUUUGCCAAUCUCCACAUGAAAUAUGAAGAAUCAGAGCGUAGCAGGUGGACUUGGACAUCUAAAGCACCAGCCCAAAGGAGGGGUAGCAGGUCGUACAAGUCAACAGAUGGCAGAACAACCCCGUUGCUUGGAAGCACAAAUCCUUCCACCCCACAGCCCGCAUCUCCUGAUGGUGGGAUUUACCACUCCUUUUCAGAUCUGCAGUCCACGUCCUCUCCACUUAGUCCUAUUAGUCCAGAUUUGCAAUCUGCCCCACACACCCCAGCCUCACGGGAUUCACGAUUGUUCCAGAAUGAGGACACUCGUUCUUCUACACCAGACAUUGGCUAUGAUGAACCGACUGUGCAGCCAUGGGAGAGGCGCUCUUUUCCCCUUUCUUUCGACCCCAAGAUUGAAAGUGAGGACCAAUUGGAAAACCAGGAACGACCAGGUCGCAGUACACGACGCAUAUCUGGAAACAAACCAUCCAAGGAGACAGAGACACUGUUAGCAUCAUCUCUCCUUAAUGAAGCUAAACCCAGACAUCCAACAGUACUGCGGCCAGCACACAGAUGAAAUAAGUGGUGGAAAUUGUUAAGCUUCAGAAAUUUGUUUGAUAUUCAAACAUCAUUCAAAAUUUUCACAAUUUUUAGUGAACUUAAGGAGUUUAGAAACUGUUUUUCCCCUUUUUUUUUUCCCCUUCAAAACAUGUCCUCAGAGUAUAACAAUGCCUGUCACUUACUGCAUAUACUUGUGUGUUCAUAUAUAGGUAUAUGAUAUAGCACAUUAUAUAGUAAGUUUAUUGUUUUGGACUUGGCUUGCAGAAAAUAUUUUUACCACUUUUCUGCUUUUCCCCAGUUCUUGUCUUCAGUGGAGUAUAAUCAGUGGUGAUUAUAUAAAAUAUAAUUUUAUAUAUAUUUCAAGCAUCAUUGCACUAAACAUGACCUUUUAAAUUGAACUAAAACUUGGGUAUGUCAUGUAGUUUGUUCUAACUACUGAAAUGUUGAUAGUUAAUUUUAAAAAUUCCCGUUUUAGCAUCUUUUGUUGAUGUUUUUCCCUGUGCAAUACUGUGACUGCUUUAAGUACUGAUGAAUCUGAUACCAUUUAAACAAACUUGCGUGAAGUAUUCUGAAAGUCUGUGCCCACUUUUGAGUAUCAUGGCAUUUUGCAGUCUCUCGAGCAUUUUAUACCUCAUGCAGAAGAACUAGCAUCAGCAAGGGAAUCCUAAAAGAAAGCAAAAUUAUUGUGACGACCAGGAAAUUAAGAAACCUGACCUGUAUGCAGUUAUUCAUUUCGAAAGAAACAUCACAAGUACAUUAAAAUAUGUGUGAAACCUGGAGUAAGUGUAAAUUGUAAAGCAUACUGCUGCUUGCCUUUUUUUUUUUUUUUUUUUUUUUUUUUUUUUUUUUUUAAGGGGAAGGCUACCAUUUCAAGCAGCGUUUUAAACCAAAGUUGAAAUGCCAUUUUAAUCUGCAAGAUUAAUUUGGCUUAUGUUUAGAUUGUGUGAAAACCUUUCCCAACCAUUUUUCAUCUCUGGAAUUUCUAUAUGCAUGUUGAGAAGUGUAGUAAGUUCAGCAAGGCUUAAACUGUAAGGACUCCCUAAGUGAAAUGUAUUGUACACCUGUCACAUUAACCUGGCCUUUUAUAAGAACUGUUUUGUGAAAUAUUAAAGUUGUAGUGUAAGUGUAUGUUGUACAUAAGAUGCAGACUGCUUCACACCCGUAGUGUGUCCUGCAUUUACUCAAACCAGAUUUUUAUCAGCAUUUUUAUUAUAUAAACACCUUCACUGCAGCACAGGUAAUGUGCAUGUUCAGUUGUGUUAAAUUAUAUAUAUAUUUCAUUUUUCUUGAAAUUAAAACUUGCAUACGAGAGCUUUCCAAAAUUUACCAAAAUUGUAUGCAUCCAUUCCAUAUCCUUUUCUGCAUGAAAAGAGAUGCAGGGGAAAACCAGGACCUGUUUCACUGCUGAGAAUUCAGUUAUUUUUGAUAUUUGCCCCAGACUAACACUAUUGCCUUUGUUAGCUGUGUCACAGAUGGAUAUGGUAUUCUAAAAUUAGUUUUGAGUGAACCAGCUUGUUGUUGGUGUAGGAUUGUGUCAGUGGUUAGUUUCACUACAGCCACUAGUUUAGAAGUGCUACCACUGUGGAUGGAUGCUUCUUGGUCAACAUCUCUUCACUUAGACCUUGGGUAUUUUCUAUCAUUUUUUCUUGUGAACAUCUUAUGGAAAAAGGUUUGAUUGGUUGAACUAGUACAUGGUUAAAUUAGUAUAGAAAUUAGUCUUAGCAACUUUCCUCAUGGCUCUGUGUCAGGCAUGCAAUCUGAACAUGUAGGGGGUAACCACAUGAAGGGAUUUGCUACUGGAGUGGAAAUACAGGGAGGGAUGUGCUACUGGAGUGGGAAGAGAUAUGUAGUAAAACAAUGUUGGACGUUUUUGCAGUUAAAAUGUCACAUACUAAAAUACCUAUUUAGUACUUCAAAGAUAUUUUGUAUUUAAUUGGACAAAAUUCAGAUAUAGGAACUGACUUAUCCUUAUGGUGUGGAUGACCCUAUUAGUAGAUGAGUAUCCUCAACCAGGGCUACAAAUCCCAUAGAAACAAGUAAGGAGGCUUUCUGAACAUAUGUAGUUAAUUGUAAUGGAAAAGACUCUGUCACAGGUAAAAUGAGAUUGAAUAUUGUGGGUCUUGACUUAAAUAUUCCAGGAAAAAUGCCAUAUACACACACACACAGUGUUGUCCUUCAUAAUUCAACAUAAAUAAAAGUGUCUUGAAGUACAGAAAUUGGGUAAAACUGUGGCAAAAAAGGGCUGAAAAGGUAUUAUCCCACAUUGUUUUCACCAGUGCGUCGACUUUAAAGUAGCAGCUAAGUAAUGUGAGGAAGUAAUUGUAUAACUGUUUUAAGUGUUCUGCAUUAAAUUCAUAUGAUUUGUGCAUAUUUGCAGGUAUGUAUGAGAUGUUCCUUCUACCUUUGCUGUUGUGCUGUCUUUCUUAAAGACCCUGACAAAGUAGAUUUCCUUGAAAACAUAAUAUGGUGUCUUGAGAACCAGACUGAGAUUAACAAGACUAUAAAACUUUAGUCAGAACAGCCAAGUUUUCCUUUUAAAUGUAUUUAAAGAAGCAGUAGAAAAUGUCAGUUUUUGAAGGAGAAACAUGUACAUCUGGUUUGCACAGGCAGACCAACACGUUAUUUCAGGAACUAAAAUGAGACAACUUGGUCAGUUCCUCAGGUUACUGCUUUUUUGACAGUACACAGCCAGUGUGGAUAGUUGACUAGAGUAAUCUGAAACUCGUGGAGAAAUGUAGAAGUAUGCACUCAUCUUUCUCAACUUGUCUGUAUAAAACCUCUGAAACUACGACAGGUGUUUAGGAGGGUGAGGUAGGUGCAGGCAGUUUCUAAGUAGUGUUAACUCUCAUCUUAAAAUGUGGUAAUCCUAGUUUAGACUAAUGCAGUCCAGUAAAAAGGUUGGGAUUGUUUGAAAAAAGCCAAAAGGGAAAAAAAACUGCCAAGAUCUAAGAAAUCUGGGGUGCUUUUAACUGUCUGGUAUAUUUGUUUGCAUGUGUUUGCAUCUUUAAAACUAGAGUUUCAGAGUAAGAGGUAUGUUUGACUACAUGUUGUGAAGUUGUUGUAGGUGCACUGCUAAUUGCAGUGUAACUGAAUCCCAGUUUACCAAAAUUAAAAAUGUUCUCUGACCAUAACUAAAUGUUUAGAUACUAUUUGGCGUUGCUACAGCUUUGGAGUUUUAUUAAUUUAAAGCCUAUCCUACAAGAGUUGUAGAUUUUUGAGGGAUGCAGUUGUGUGCAUGGUUUUAGGUUCAGUGAAGUAGCAUCCAGCAAAUUUGUGAUUGGAGUGCAUCUGUAAAUCCUUUAAUCACAUGCACAGGUGUAGUGGGCAUUUGACAUGUAGUCUUACCUACCCUCAUUCUCUCUCUCAACUGGUUGAGAAUAUGUAGCAUGUGUGCCGAUAUUUAAGCCUGCUUUAGUCAUGAAGAGAGAAGUUCAGUACAGAAAGAUUUCAAAGGGGCUGCAUGAGCUAUUGUGUACAGUAGGCUGUUGAAAGAACCAGAGUUACAAAUGAUCACCUGAUUUGUAUUUUUCACCAUGUAAAGACUCCACUGUGACAGGCUGAGAUGUAAAAUCAGAAACUGUUCCAACAAAUUUUCUUGAAUGUUUCCAGUCAAGUUUCAGCUGCUUUCCAUUACACUUUUUUCCAGAACGUACUGUUUCUACUUGUAACCUCAUUGUUCCUCAUGGUGUCAUAAAAGCUAUUUUAUUGUUA